AGGGGUCGCACCCUGGCGGUUUCUUGUAGCUUCUCCCCGCAGCAGCUCCCGUCUUGUCUCCGCUCAGUGCAGAAGCUGCUGCAGGGAGACGACCUGACAGGAACAUAAACAUCCUGCAGGCAGCCGCACACUUCCAGCGGCCCUCGCCAUAUUCUUCCGGGUUCAGACAGUCACUGUCGCCGAGUGGAACCCGGAAGUGCAGCGGCGGGUGAGUCACGGUGCGCACCGGAUGCUUAUACUGCGGAGUAGCGGGCGUACCGUGUCAGACGCCAUGCUGUGCGGGUCCCGGCCGCUCCCGGUGAGGGGCUGUCACUGUGAGAGGAGCUGAGCCGGGCGGACACAUGGGACUACUGUGCGGUGACCGGCUGCGAUAUCCGUGCCAGCCCCGACCAGGUACAAGUCAUAUAAAACAGGGUGGAUUUUUUCAGCCUUUCUGGCCUGAUGCCUCCCCCCUCAUCAGAUGGUGGACAUGGAGGGGGAGGACACAAGAAGGAAGAUGAAUCGCUAAUGAUGGAAGGUCCCUCCACUCCUAGUCCAAAGAGUGAGGCAAUCGCCAAUGAUCUGCAGGAACUCACUUUACAGCCAGGAUGUGAGAUGCUGGCGGCUGCAUUCCGGCCCCAAAGUCCUCCACUCAGUGAACGGAAAAAUGUGUUGCAGCUGAAGCUUCAACAGAGGAGGACACGGGAGGAGCUGGUGAACCAAGGAAUAAUGCCACCAUUGAAGAGUCCGGCAUCUUUCCAUGAGCAGAGAAAGAGUUUGGAGCGAGCACGGACUGAGGACUAUUUGAAGCGUAAGAUCAGGUGUCGGCCGGAGCGCUCAGAGCUAGUGAGAAUGCACAUACUGGAAGAGACUUCAGCUGAGCCUUCCCUUCAAGCCAAACAACUAAAACUGAAAAGAGCACGACUUGCAGAUGACCUAAAUGAAAAAAUCUCCCAGAGGCCCGGUCCCAUGGAACUUGUGGUUAAGAAUAUUAUUCCAGUAGAGACUAGCCUAAAGGAAGCCCUAAUAGACGUGGAUUAUCCUAAGGUGGCGGACAGCUCUUCCUUCGAUGAAGACAGCAGUGAUGCCUUGUCUCCUGAACAGCCAGCUAGCCAGGAUUCACAGGGCUCCGUACCAUCUCCUGCAGAUUACAAACCUAGUGAUGUGGUGCCACUACUAUCUCCAACACAGACUCUGUUUCGGGUUCAGCUAGGAUCAGAACGUGCAGAAAAAAACAUUCCCUCUGAGCUGUCACAGUCCACCAAUCUCAACAUCAGCAAUGGUUUCUCUGUCACAGUCAACAAAUCCUUUUCAGCGGUCAUAAAGCAAAACCAUUCAAAACAAUGUCAUGAUAAAUUUCGAGCAAAGAAACUUAAGGAUACCAAACCUAAGGUGAAGAAACUGAAGUAUCACCAGUAUAUACCCCCUGAUCAAAAACAGAAAGGUUCUCUCGCAAUGGAUUCCUCUUACGCAAAAAUUCUGCAACAGCAGCAGCUUUUUCUUCAGCUGCAAAUCCUUAACCAACAGCAGCAGCAGCAUUACAACUACCAGACCAUCCUCCCAGCACCGCCAAAGCUAGUGCAUACAGACCUGCAGGCCACUGCUGUUACCACCACCACUGCUGUGCGCACAUUACCUACAGUCAGCAUCUCUACUCAUUGUGCCCCUAUAGGAUUUAAACAGAACAGCAGUAUGCCUCCUACUGCAACAAAAACAGGGCCUCUGCCAACCAAUUUGGAUGAUAUGAAGGUCGCAGAGUUGAAACAAGAGCUAAAGCAGCGUGGCCUACAUGUGUCUGGGACAAAGGUUGACCUCCUUGAAAGACUUAAGGCAACACAAGAUCUUGGCACUGUCCAUCUGAAACCUGCCCCAGUUCAACAGCCUAAGCCUUGUGAGGUGAUACCAGUGACCCCAAACAUAUAUGCUCCUCAGUCAGUGACAGACCCAGUAAGCUUAGGCAGCUUUAGCUCUACACCACCAUGUUCACCUUGCCCUUCAGAAGUUUCUGUGGCCAGCGCAGAUGAUAUGAUCACCACUGGGGACUCCUCAGCAGAAACUGUUUCCUCUCCCCUCACACAACUCCUCCUCUUGCCAUCUCCAGUACCAGUCAUGGAGAAGUCCUCUACAGAUGUCAGGGACAAGGACAUUAUGCUCCGAGAGAAAGAUAGGCAGAUUGAAGAACUAACUAGGAGGUUGAAACAGAAGCAAGAGUUGGUGGAAAGACUAAAACAACAGCUUGAACAAGAGAAGAGAACGCAACAAUCUCAACCCUCUAAUGAUCACCAGACUUCGAUUCUUCAAGUCAAACAGGAAAUUGGUCAGGCCACUUGUGAUUCCAGCAGGUGUAUGGAUACCUCAAAUCCAAAAGCCACAGUAAAGCGAGAACCUAGCAGUCUGCAAAAACCACACAACUUUAUAAAUUCUUCAAAAAAGAAUGCAGUGAAAAUCAAUGGGUCAUCUGAAGCCCAGGUGGUCUUCGCAGUUAACAAGCCAAGCGCUCUGCAAGCGGAGAACAAAAAAUCUGUCAUACCGCAGACUCUUCCUAUAAAGCAGGAGGCUUCCCAGCAAAAUAAACAGCCAGAAACAAAGGUGCUCCUUGCCCAGCCUUCAUCAUCGAACUCAAGAUCAGCUAUUCAACUGAAUCCAUGUACUACUCUGUCUAAUGCCAUACCUCCUAAUAUGGAGGCAUUUUCGGAUAUGAAGCAGUCAGACUUCAGAGAGGAGGCUCCUUUAUGCUGCUCUCCAAAAUCGGAAGGGCAACCCACAAGAAUGCAAACUGAUGACUUUUUGGACAAUUUUAUACACAAUUUAGAAUUAGCUACAAAAAGUAAAGAAAGUUACAUGCCAAGCAUGAAACAAACAUCUCCAACUCCUGUCGUAAAUGAGGUGCCACAGAGCGAGUUGCACCAACUACUUGCUCCUACAACACCAGACCGACUAGAAGAUUUUCUUGAGGCUUCGACAGGCACAAAGAUACUUCAUGGAGAUGGGGAUGAGGAUGGUGCAAUGGCGUUGACACUUAUUGAUGAACUGCACAGUCAGAUGCUGAGCAGUUUAGCUAUCCUGGAUCACCCUACCUCGUCUAUGGACACAUCUGACUUGCACUUCUCUCCUGAAGGAGGCCCAUUAGGACUGGACAUAUCUGGAUCUCACCUUGAUAGUAUGGACUGGCUUGAGCUGUCAGAGCCUCCAGCAAUGAAUCUGACUCCACUCAGUACAGCAACACCAAGUGUCUUUUCUACAGAGUUUUUGGACAGCCAUGACUUGCAGCUACAAUGGGACUCCUGUUUAUAACCUAGUGGUUGUUAAAGUUGAGAUUUUGGCUUGAGCUACACAACUUUGGCCGUAUGACAUUAAGAACACUGCUAAGUUGUGUUACGACCGAGACAUGACCUCAGUGGAAAUCCAGACCUGUUGGAUUUCACACAUCCACAUUCACUAUCUUUAGUAGCGCAAAACUGCAAACUUAAUGUCACACAACCAAACUUGUCAAAUAGUCCAAGCCAGCAUAUUGCACUUGCCCUGCAUUUUUUCUGCCAAAUACUUCUCACUUAAACAGACAGCAUUAAAAAGAAAGAAAUAUGAGGUGCCAAUGUUUAAAGAAGAAUACGCUGCCAUUUUCAAUGUCUUAAAGGGGGUUAUCCAGUGUUUAGUAUAAACUAAUAUGGUGCUGGGGCAGGAGGAAACUAACCGGUCUUCUCUCUUCUUACUGCUUCGGAGACAAACACUCAAUGACUGGCCGCAGCAGUGUUCUGUGUUGGCCAGUGACUGGCUGAUCCAGCAGGUCCUGCAUUGAGCACUGGUCUCCGAAGCAGAAAGGGUAGAGAACAUCAUGGGACCAGCAAGAGACUGGAGCUAGGUGUGUUAGGGUUGUUUUUUUUUUACCCCUCUUAUUCUCCCCCCCCCCCCCCCCCCACAGUAUUUUUACUAAACAUUGCAUAAGCCCUGUAAAGACUCCUCCUUUAGCUUAACAUUUGUUUCUUUGUCGACCCUCAGCAUUUUUCCAACCUUAGCUCUUCUAGAGUUCAAGAUGGAAUUCUCUUAAUAUGGAAACAUUCACACGUAUUUGUUUUCUUCUCUUUAAAUUUGGGAGCUACUUGAGUUUUAGUCCUUCGUAUAACUGGCAGCUGUAGUAAUUAUCACAUAAUUGGAUUUGAGUGCUUUAAUGAAGUUUAUAAAGCAUCUAACCUAGAUGAUGACAAGUUUACUUAGGCAUGUUCAUUUUGUCAAGUUAAAAUCAAAAUCAAAUGUUAUUGUCAUUUAAAAAACAAACAAAAAAACUUGUAACAAACAAAAAGUUUUUGGGAUUUUUGGAAGCUGGGACCCCCACUGAUCUCAAGAACAAGUGAGCGCUUCUCUCCCCAUCUCUCCUCAAUGCUGGAGCCUGAUUCUAUAGUAAGUCUAUAGAGCCGGGCUCCUGCAGUGAGGAGAGAGACUGGGAGAGGUGCGCAAAUAAGCACUUCUCUUCACUUGGUCUAAGCGAUUGGUGGGGGUCUGUGCACCCAGACCUAUUUUCUGUAUGACCUGGUAAAAGUUUAAAUGACUGUGACAUUUGAGUUUUAUUGAGUGUUUAUUAAAAAAAAAAAAGUAAAUAAAAGUUGGAAUCUUUAUAAAAUAGGCAUACUCACAUCCCCUUUCUUUUUCAUUCCAAUGUAGGCCAAGUUCCCCACCGGUCUCUUCUACUUCAUGUUUUUUCUGAACACAUGAUCUAUUACUUCUGUAGCUGGUUACUGCUUAGACCAGUGAUUGCCUGCGUCAGUCACAUGUUGAGCGUCGAGAGAAACUAGGAAAUAGAGAUGGGUGGUGGACUAGAAGAAUGCCAGACCAGGAAUGUCAGGGAAUUGAUAGUGUUGUUUUUUAUUUUAUUUUACAAGGUUCCCAGAUUUUUUUCUUUAAUAAAAGAUUCAAAUAAAUGGACAACCCCCCCCCCCCCCCCCCCCCCCCCUUAAAUUCUUAUUAAAUUAGCUUGAUGCUACAGCAGACCUGUAGCUUUUAAGGGCCUAUUUAGAUGGCUGAAUAUCCACCUGGAAAAGUUCCGGGUGGACAUCCCGCAGGCGCUGACUUAAUCAAGUUGGUGCUAGGGCUACUCUGACAUACCCAAUCAGAGCCCCAAAUUUGAAUUUCCGCAACAGAAUUUUCCACUGUGGAAGUUCUGCCAUAUGCACGCUCAGUGGAAUUCCAUUGAAAACAAUGAGAGGCUGCUGCACAGGAAUUUCUGAGCUGAAUUAUUCCACUAGAUUAUGCUCAGAAAUUUGCAAUGGGAAUGGUUUUAGCAUCUGGCCUAAAGGCAGCUCAAUUUCUUCUUUUCUGUGCACCCCCCAUUACUGCACCUGAGACUUAUCCCACAAACAUAUUCAUUCUAUUGUUAUUUCAUGGCAUUUAUUACUAAAUUGUGACUUUGACUAUAUGCAUUUUCUGGUAUUCAGAACAACUAGUAAUUGUUCCGUUAUUAUUUUUCUUGUUGCUGCCAAACAAGUUACCUUUCUGCCAAAGACACUUUACCCGUACGGACUACUUUCCUCACAAUCGUAUUAUGGCCCUUAGAAGAUGGCUUAACCAUACCACAUUGUUAAUGCUUAAUCUGCUAAUACUGAGUGUUAUUUUGGUCUGAUUCAGAUGCAGGGUGAGUGAUUUAUAAUUUUUUUUUUUAUCAUGCUACAUGUACGUGGAUAUAUUUGCUUGGUACAAUUACCAUUACAAACGCUGGGUAUCUGGAAUUUUCAUCCAUACAAAUGAAUGUAUAAAAUAAAUGAUGUACACCAAAUGUAGAGUUGAAUAAAAAUUGCUGAAAAAUCA